ACUGUUACUACACUCUGUACGACAUAGUAACCUACCAAACAUGGUAGUGUUAUAGCAAAGACUCAGUAAGUACAGCGACUAUGCGGAGAAAUGGCAUAUUCGAAUUUAAUCAGCGCGGGAAGGAAUGCCCAGGUUGAUUAUCUUAUUGGCGUUGCUGGUAGGAGUCCUAUACAGUCUGCACCUCCUCGUCCAGGAUUACCAGGCCCUGACAGCGGCUUCCAAACUCCUCAGAUUUCUCUUCAAACGAGAUCUUAGCUCGCAAAUGUAUACUAAGCCUGCUGUAAGAUGGAAAAGAAUAUUGCUAUGCGACCCGAUACAAUGCGCGAGGUACUUCUAUUGUGAACUGGGGGCACAGCCCGUGAACAACGAGGUGCUACGAGGCUUCGUCUAUAUGCUUACGUUGGAGCCUACAGAACAAGACAGUUAUGCCCAUUCAGUCUUCAAAGAAGCCUAUGACCAUGGAAUGAUGUACCCAGACAGAUGUCGAGAGAAAUACCCAAUGUGUCCUUUCGAGUCCUCGCUCCUAUUUCAACUGAUAAGAUACUUAGUACAUCAUCCACAAACCUAAGUCUAGAAUAAGUACUGAUAGUGUUAACAAAUUGAAGUCAUCUAACACACCUUUAUCUUUAAGAGCGAAUAAAGUAUAAGAACUAGCAAAUGUUAUCGUUAUUUGAAAUAUAAAUUUUAAAUCAUUGAA